UAGCCAGCAUGUCAGCGCAGUGAACUUGCAGCGGGCUGCGAGGAACGCCAGCGGGGCUUUGUCCUAGGAAAUGUGCUUCGAGCUUUUCUUUCUCACUCCUUCUUUAUUUCGAAGAAAGACUUGUAAAGACUUCUGAAACGAUUUCUAAAUGCUCCAUUGAGGAUACAAAACGUAUACCGUCUACAACUAAACCCUUGAAGGGUUUUGUGUGAGUUCAAUUUUUGCCUCUGUGUGUGUGUGUGUUUUUUUUUUAAACUUUUACAUACUUUGUUUUGCUCUUUGGAGGCCGGGCCUCCGUCUUGGUGAAGUUUAAGAGAAGAGCCUGGAGCUACUAAGCAAUAACUGAUUUUUGAAACGUACUCUUUUUGGGGCGAAAGCGAAGAGCUGGUUUUCUGUGCUAGCCCAAUAAAUGCUAUUUAUGAAGAUGGACCUGUUGAACUACCAGUACUUGGACAAGAUGAACAACAAUAUCGGCAUUCUGUGCUAUGAAGGUGAAGCUGCUCUCAGGGGAGAACCCAGGAUGCAGACCAUCCCGGUCGUGUCUGCCCUCACCAGUCACCGCACGGGCCCCCCACCCAUCAGCCCCAGCAAGAGGAAGUUCGGCAUGGAGCAAGGGGACGAUGACCUGGACUGUGAAAAUGACCAUGCUUCCAAGAUAAGUCGCAUCUUCAACCCCCAUCUGAACAAGACUGCCAAUGGAGACUGCCGGAAGGACCCCCGGGAACGGAGCCGCAGCCCCAUCGAGCGGGCUGUGGCCCCCACCAUGAGCCUGCACGGGAACCACCUGUACACGUCCCUCCCCAGCCUCAGCAUGGAGCAGCCCCUUGCACUGACCAAGAAUAGCAUGGACGCCAGCAGGCCGACGGGCAUCUCGCCCACACUGACCCCGGUGGAGCGGCAGCAGAACCGGCCUUCGGUGAUCACCUGCGCCUCUGCCAGCGCCCGCAACUGCAACCUCUCGCAUUGCCCCAUCGCACACAGCGGCUGCAUGGCCGGGCCGGCCAGCUACCGGAGGGCCCCAAGCUCCACCACCACCUGUGACCCCGUGGUGGAGGAGCAUUUCCGCAGGAGCUUGGGCAAGAACUACAAGGAGCCUGAGCCGGCGCCCAACUCGGUGUCCAUCACGGGCUCCGUGGACGACCACUUUGCCAAAGCCCUGGGAGACACGUGGCUUCAGCUCAAGGCAGCCAAGGACGGCGCGGCCAGCAGCCCUGAGUCAGCCUCACGCAGGGGCCAGCCCGCCAGCCCCUCUGCCCACAUGGUCAGCCACAGCCACUCCCCGUCCGUGGUCUCCUGAAGGGAGUACCACCCUCGAUCAAGACGUCAAUCUGCAUGGUUUGCCUGAGCUUUGAACAGUCAGUCCUUAAAAAAAAAAAACAAAAAAACAAACAAAAAAAAAUUUCAUGGGAGUGGGGUGGGGGGAAGGGAAGGGACAGUUUAUUCGCAAAAACCAUGUCAGUGGGAUUUUUGUUCUGUUUUUGUGCUUGCUUGGUAUUUGUACGCCAGGGCCCUCAAACACGAUAGCAGGAACAACAUGUGGAACAUCUGUCUCAUGUAGCAUCCUAACUUCCUGCCUCAGUUACCAAAGAAACCUCUGAUGCAGGUCUGCUGCCCCAACUGGGCCGGGACUCCAUGGCGCGCACUUUCUCAGUCACAAGCCAUGACAUUGGUGACCCAAAUGCUUUGUGCUUUUCCAUUUGCUUCUUGAGACCGGGGUGUGUGCGGCUUAGCUUCCGUGGCUUGUUAGGUCCAGCCCACAUGUGUGUGCUUGUGUGUGCGUCUACUUGAAGAGAACAGAGGACUGUUGUGUCUGAUUUGCACUAUUGGAGGAGGACUAGAGUUGCCUGCUUGACAACUUUAUGUGAGAUGCUAGUACUGAGGGCAAACUGCUGAAAAACAAAGGGUUUAAGGAUGACAUUUCUGACCAUUUGUGUGUUUUUGUUGUUGUUUUUUAAAUUUAGACAAAACAGCUUUGGAAGGGGAAGUCUCAUACCGGUUAUAGGUCUUUCUCUCUCUAGAUUUCAGGUGCUUGCAACUGGACUGCAGAUUCCACCAAUCACGGGCAUUUUACUUUCUCUAAACACUGCAGUUUGUUAGACUAGAGCUGAGGUUGAAGAUUCCGUAGUGCUUUAAACGUGAUGCAUGUUUUAAGGGAGAAAAAUAGCUGGUUUCUAUUAAUUGUAUAGACAGUAAACACAAACCUUAAUACUUACUAGCUUCUGUUCAGAAUUAGUUUAUUUUUGUCAGUUACAGUCCUAGAUAUACUUACUGCUGGUACAGUUGUACUCUAAGAUUUGUAUUUGAUGUUCAUGUUACUCCCAAGUAGUAAGGGGCCAGGCGGCCCCUGGCAGGCCCUGGUGACGGGCAGUCGAGUUGUUCGUUGGUCAGCCGUGGUGUAGGAUGCUGGAAUUUUUGCUGCGGGCUGACAGCAUCAUUUAAUUUUUUGCAUCCCUGUCUGCUUAUUACUAGUUCCCAGGGGAGUUGGGAUUUGUGUUUUCCAACUGCCUUCCGUGCAGAAACUGCUCCCUUUAACUCUCUUGGCUAAACAGCAGAUUACUGACAAUCUGUGAUGUGCUAUUUUGUGUGCUUCCUCGUACGCUGGGGCCAAGGCAGUAUACAUUCCUCUGACUUUAUACAGUUAUUACUGCAUUUAUUAUCGUUUGCUAUAGUAAUAGCUACUAACUAGAAAUUAGGUGAAGAAGAAAGCAUGACAGACACAGCUGUGGAUGUUCAACAGCUGCUCCUCUUUUUGGUAAACGCACAUGUCUACCCUUUGCCCCUCCACCGGGCUACACUCCAGCCUCACUCACCAAAGGGCUUAAGAAGUCACCGGGCCAGGUGAUGCUGGCGUGGCCACCUCACCUGUGAGGCAUUGUGGACUCACGGGAGCCCUUGAGGCUGGUUCUCCAUAUGAGAAAAAUACAGGUUAGUUGGUUCAUUUUGAAAAUUGGCGCCAGGUCAAAAGGUCGGAGGAUUGGCUCUUGCUGUGGUCACAGGGUGGCUGCAGGUCUUGGAAAACGUGAAAGAAAAGCCCUCUCCUCUCGCCCCUGCACACAUUUCACUCCCACUUAACUGGGCUUCCAGGCUUUCGCAUUCAGGCCCCUGUAUCUUCUGUAGGAAAAAUCGUUGAGAACACUUUUUUUAUAUAGGUAACUUUAAGACCAUCAUUACGCUGUGCGUAAAGAAUGUACAGAGAAAUUUGUAGGUAUUUUUUGAAGAACAAUUAAUUUGUUAAUGAUAUGUAGCUAUUUAAUUUUUCCCGUUCCUAUUGUAAUCAUUCAUAUUUUUUUGUUUGGAAAAAAAAGUUGAUCUUUUUUUUGUCGUAGAUUUGUCUGUAAAAGUGCAGGAACACAGUUAUUCUAUGAGAACACUGCAUCUGCCUUAAUAGCCACUAGUUUGUUAUUGCUACAGGCUACUGAGCGUCGCCACAGGAAAACAACCCCACUGCAGGCGGGCUCUGUGAAGAACGGCUCCUCAGACAGCUCUGUCAGUAACGAGGGUGCGACUCUGGGAGGGAACAGUGGUGCUGACGCCCAGGCCCCUGGUGCACUGACCUAUCUGGGAUAGGCAGUACCCUGGGGGGGCCUCGGGCAGACGGAAGCAGGAACCAAACAUUUCACUGGGUAAGGACACACUCCCUGGCCUCAGGAGGAGCACAGUGAGGUUCUUCACAGAGCCACGCCAUCUGCAGUGUGUCCUGACAGUUCUCUCCAUGUUUGUAAAUCUGUAAUAUACCAUUCUCUGUGGCCUGUUUUUCCUGGAAAAAGAAGAAAAAAAAAAGGUUUGGCAGGCCAUCUUUUUUUUGUACUUAAAAGUAGCCUUAAGAACAAUAAUAAAGUGCUCUUAAACCACCGACUGUAUGUGUGACCCUUGGGUCCUGGAGUGACAGCAU